CAGGGUAUAACGUUCAAUUUCUCUGGCACAGCUAUAGCUGGGUCAUGCUAGAUAAGAUAACGAUACAGGAUAAACGAGUUUAACCUUAUGUAUACCAUGUACUGCCCGUCGCAUCUGCCCUUUAGAACGUCUUUGCAAAUGUAUACGCACAGGCAGAUGUCGCGGUCGCUUAUAUCAUUGGAGAAGAAUGGACUGGACUCUCUUCGAAGUCAACUCCACGAACGCGGAGAAAUGGAGUUUUGCAAAGUGAUUGAUGACGUAAUGGCCAGAGAAGCUGAUAUGCUGCGACAGUUAGAAGGAUGGAAAAACAAAUGUGAUCAGCUUAAGAAUGAACUGGAGCUGAAAGACCGAGAACUGGCCGGCUUGCAAGAGAACGUCUCCUGUUUGGAGCGUCUUCAUGCCGAUAUGAAAAUGCGCCCCGAGUGUUAUGGCGUGACUCCCAGCUGCCUGGAGAACGUGAACAGUAACGAGGGGGUGAUUGCAGCUCUGCAACAGGCCAUCUACAAUCUGAAGGCGAAUAUUUUGAGUCUUAAUGACCAGGACCAAGUCCUCAGAGCAAGAUUGUCGAAGGUUUUGUCGGAUAGGCAGACAUUUAGUGACAUUGAAGACGUUACGGAUAAAAAUCGCCCCUCGGCAGUUGUUCAAGAUCUCCGGACGCUGUAUGACAACGAGUGGACAGACGCUUUCAGUCUUAUUACUGACAUGGGCGUGGCAGAGGAGACCGCGUGCAAAUUUCUCCUCGACGUCGUUAUGACUGCGUACGAAUUCAGUAAGAAUAAAGUGACGACCCUAAAGAAAAAUGUACCCAGACUGAUAAGUCAUCCACUAACAGAACACACCACAACACCACCGCCAGCAUUGUCCCUCACAGUAAGUCAUCAGAGACUGAGUGGAAGUGCCGACGUCUUGGACUACGACUCGGAUCGGUGCAAGGACAGCGACGAAAAUUCUGUCGUGGAGAAAGAAGAUACAUUUUUUAAGAAAGGGAUGACACGGCGACGCUCAUUCUCAACUCCUACAGCGCCACACCCUCAGGGGAUCCAUAGCCGAGAGUAUGCGGUUCUUUGUGACAAAACCAACAAAAUAAUUUCGUCCUUCCUCAUUAAGAGCGCUGACACUACCGACGUAGCUCCUAUAAUUAAGCAAAUGAAAAUGAAAUUGGUUUCAAAAUCAGAAUACCACUGGGUGGAUGACAUGUUGGGAGAGGCCCGGAUGACGGCCUAUAUAGAACGAAGUGCCAGCGUGGCAUGGCGGCUGGCGGUCCACCACCAGCAGCUUAUCUUGGACCAGAAUGACUGCACCUACGAUCACCACCGACACGAGGUGUACUCGGGCUCGUCGAGAAGCAGAGUUAUCAAAUUUCACGUGUGGCCCACGCUGUUGUGGCAAGAUCGCACUGUUGCCUGUAAGGGCGUUGUUGCGCUUAAGACGCUGAACAGGCUGCCAUCAAGGACAAGAAGUGCAGAGAAUAAGUCAGACAAUUUUUUUAGUCCCACUUCUGCAGCAGCGAGGGGCUGCGGUCUAGAUUUAGAGUCAAAUUUCAAAGGGUUGAUAUACUUAUAGCUAUGGUUGUGCCUUCAGCCUUUCUACUUUCAUUUCUCAGUUAUCAUGUCUCUGAAAAAAAAAAGAGAAAUGGAACUGAAAUGUAUUGGUACGGCGUUUUAGCCGUAAUGACGAAACUGAUGUUAUUUUCCACUCCGUGAUACACUGGGUAGAUGCUACCUUUAAUUGUAUGUGAAAAGUUUCCCAAUUCAUGUUGUCUUUUUACCUUGUAAAUUUUAAGUAUAACUGAAACAAUAAAACACUUUCUGUAGUACUUUCUGAAGUAAGGUGGACAAUAAAAUUGACAU